CGCGCGGGCCGGGGACCGAGGGCUCGCGCUUCGAUCGCGAAGAUGGCUGCUGCCUGCCUGCUGCUGGCCUUGGCGCUGACACUUUUCCAGGGUGGUCUGAUCGGGCCCUCGUCGGAGGAACCGUUCCCCUCGCCCGUCACCAUCAAGUCAUGGGUAGAUAAGAUGCAGGAAGACCUUGUCACACUGGCCAAAACUGCAAGUGGAGUCAAUCAGCUUGUUGAUAUUUAUGAGAAAUACCAGGAUUUGUAUACUGUGGAGCCAAACAAUGCGCGGCAGCUGGUGGAGAUCGCAGCACGAGAUAUUGAGAAGCUGCUAAGCAACAGAUCUAAGGCACUGGUGCGCCUGGCUCUAGAGGCAGAAAAAGUUCAAGCAGCCCACCAGUGGAGGGAGGAUUUUGCAAGUAAUGAAGUUAUCUACUACAAUGCAAAGGAUGAUCUUGACCCUGAAAAAAAUGACAGUGAACCAGGCAGCCAGAGGAUUAAACCUGUUUUUAUUGAAGAUGCUAAUUUUGGACGACAAAUAUCCUACCAGCAUGCAGCAGUACACAUUCCCACUGAUAUCUAUGAAGGAUCAACUAUAGUGUUAAAUGAACUCAAUUGGACAAGUGCCUUAGAUGAAGUUUUCAAAAAAAAUCGAGAUGAAGACCCUACAUUGCUGUGGCAAGUUUUUGGCAGUGCCACUGGCCUUGCCCGAUAUUAUCCAGCUUCUCCGUGGGUGGAUAAUAGUAGAACUCCAAACAAAAUUGACCUCUACGAUGUACGCAGAAGACCAUGGUAUAUCCAAGGUGCUGCAUCCCCUAAAGACAUGCUAAUUUUGGUCGAUGUGAGUGGAAGUGUUAGUGGACUGACUCUUAAACUGAUCCGAACAUCUGUCUCUGAGAUGCUAGAAACUCUCUCAGAUGAUGACUUUGUGAAUGUAGCUUCAUUUAACAGCAAUGCUCAGGAUGUUAGCUGUUUUCAACACCUUGUCCAAGCGAAUGUAAGAAAUAAGAAGGUGUUGAAAGAUGCCGUGAAUAACAUCACAGCAAAAGGAAUAACAGACUAUAAGAAAGGUUUUAGUUUUGCUUUUGAACAGCUGCUUAACUAUAAUGUUUCCAGAGCCAACUGCAAUAAGAUUAUAAUGCUAUUUACGGAUGGGGGUGAAGAGCGAGCCCAGGAGAUAUUUUCCAAAUACAAUAAGGACAAAAAAGUUCGUGUAUUCACAUUUUCAGUUGGUCAGCAUAAUUAUGACAGAGGACCUAUUCAGUGGAUGGCUUGUGAAAAUAAAGGUUAUUAUUAUGAAAUUCCUUCCAUUGGAGCAAUAAGAAUUAACACUCAGGAAUAUCUGGAUGUGCUGGGAAGACCAAUGGUUUUGGCUGGAGAUAAAGCUAAGCAGGUCCAGUGGACGAAUGUAUACUUGGAUGCCCUGGAACUGGGACUUGUCAUUACUGGAACUCUUCCGGUCUUCAACAUAACUGGCCAGUUUGAAAACAAGACAAACUUAAAGAAUCAGUUGAUUCUUGGUGUGAUGGGAGUAGAUGUGUCUUUGGAAGAUAUUAAGAGACUGACACCACGUUUUACACUUUGCCCCAAUGGCUAUUACUUUGCAAUUGAUCCUAAUGGUUAUGUUUUAUUACACCCAAAUCUUCAGCCAAAGAACCCCAAAUCUCAGGAGCCAGUCACACUGGAUUUCCUUGAUGCAGAGUUAGAGAAUGAUAUUAAAGUGGAGAUUCGGAAUAAAAUGAUUGAUGGGGAAAGUGGAGAAAAAACUUUCAGGACUCUUGUUAAGUCUCAAGAUGAGCGAUAUAUCGACAAAGGGAACAGGACUUACACAUGGACACCUGUCAAUGGCACUGAUUACAGUUUGGCCUUGGUAUUACCAACCUACAGUUUUUACUAUAUAAAAGCCAAAAUAGAAGAAACAAUAACUCAGGCCAGAUCAAAAAGGGGAAAAAUGAAGGACUCAGAAACGCUAAAACCAGACAAUUUUGAAGAAUCUGGCUAUACAUUUAUAGCACCAAGAGAAUAUUGCAGUGACCUUAAACUAUCGGAAAAUAACACUGAAUUUCUUUUAAAUUUCAAUGAGUUUAUUGAUAGAAAAACUCCCAACAAUCCAUCAUGUAAUACAGAUUUGAUUAAUAGAGUCUUGCUGGAUGCAGGCUUUACAAAUGAACUUGUCCAAAACUACUGGAGUAAACAGAAAAACAUCAAGGGAGUGAAAGCACGUUUUGUGGUGACUGAUGGUGGGAUUACCAGAGUUUAUCCCAAAGAGGCUGGAGAAAAUUGGCAAGAAAACCCAGAGACAUAUGAGGAAAGCUUCUACAAAAGAAGCCUGGAUAAUGAUAACUAUGUUUUUACUGCUCCCUACUUUAACAAAAGUGGGCCUGGUGCCUAUGAAUCAGGUAUUAUGGUAAGCAAAGCUGUUGAAAUAUAUAUCCAAGGAAAACUUCUUAAACCUGCAGUUGUUGGGAUUAAAAUUGAUGUGAAUUCCUGGAUAGAGAAUUUCACCAAAACCUCAAUCAGGGAUCCGUGUGCCGGUCCAGUUUGUGACUGCAAAAGAAACAGUGAUGUGAUGGACUGUGUCAUUCUAGAUGAUGGUGGGUUUCUUUUGAUGGCAAAUCAUGAUGAUUAUACAAAUCAGAUUGGACGGUUUUUUGGAGAGAUUGAUCCAAGCUUGAUGAGACACCUGGUUAACAUAUCAGUCUAUGCUUUUAACAAAUCUUAUGAUUAUCAGUCAGUAUGUGACCCAGGCGCUGCACCAAAGCAAGGAGCAGGACAUCGCUCAGCAUAUGUGCCAUCAAUUGCAGACAUAUUACAAAUUGGCUGGUGGGCCACAGCUGCUGCCUGGUCUAUUCUCCAGCAAUUGAUCUUGAGUUUGACCUUUCCAAGGCUCCUUGAGGCAGUUGAAAUGGAAGAGGAUGAUUUCACUGCCUCCCUGUCAAAGCAGAGCUGCAUUACUGAGCAGACACAGUACUUCUUCGAGAACGAUAGCAAAUCAUUCAGUGGUGUGUUGGACUGUGGCAACUGUUCCAGAAUUUUUCAUGUAGAAAAACUUAUGAACACCAACUUAAUAUUCAUAAUGGUUGAGAGCAAAGGGACAUGUCCCUGUGACACACGGCUGCUCAUUCAGGCAGAGCAGACUUCUGAUGGUCCAGAUCCCUGUGAUAUGGUCAAGCAGCCCAGAUAUCGAAAAGGGCCUGAUGUCUGCUUUGACAACAAUGUCCAGGAGGAUUAUACCGACUGUGGUGGUGUUUCCGGAUUAAACCCCUCCCUGUGGUCUAUCAUUGGGCUCCAGUUUACCCUUCUUUGGCUGGUGUCUGGCACCAGGCACUCCCUAUUGUGACCUUCUUACCCCACAUCUGCAACUAAACUCCAGACUCUGCCAAAAUAUGAGCCCUCCUUAGUCAUGUGACAAUAGGGUCAACUAUGGAAUAUACAUUCAGAACAUAAGCUAAGCCUCUACCAUGGCAGAACUCUAAAGCCUAAGACACAGAUUCAUAAACCACCCAUGGGCUGCAUGUCAGGGCAUCAGAACAUGAAACUUGUGUGAAUGCUGCAUCAUCUGUGUAUGACCAUCAAAGCAAAACUUGUGUGUGCUUUGUGGAGGAUCAGGAGCUUGCUGUGUUAUUGUGAUGAGGACAUGGGAAAGGGCUCCACUAUACAAUUGAUUAUGGAUCAUAAGAAGUGUCUUGAUAUUGACCUGGAAUUUCAACUUGCUGCAAUUUUACCAAGAAAAUGUCUAUUUAGAAGAGGGAGAGUUAUUUUUGCCUUCACCUAAUUUCUGUUCAAAGGGAAUUCUUGCUUUCAGUACUUAGGAGAGAAAAGAAUGAACAUUGUUGAAAUUUAACUAAUGGCUUAUUUUCUACCAAAAAUGCCAUAAAUUAAAUGCCUUAUAAAGAAUGAUUUGUCUGCCAAAAAUAAAACAUAAUUGAUGACCAACUAAUUUUAGUAGGAUAGGAAUCAAUGAUUUCAAAAUAACAAUGAAAUUCUUAAACUAAAGGUGCUUGAGAGUGAAAUUUGGAUUUGUGAUAUAAUUCUUCAUUAAUGUAAGCCCUUAAAUGCUUGAUGUAAUGUUCUUGUGUUCACAGUACCUUUAUAUAGUGCUAGUAUGAUAUUUAAAAAUGCUCUAAGAAAAGCUUGUGGGGGAGGGGCAGUGUUUUCUUGUGAUUCAUGAUCUUGGGUUAUCAAGGGUAUUUUAAAUAGCAUGAUGCUGCUGCUUGCUUAUCUUUUUGGUUUGUUUUUCUCUUAUUGUAGAGUAUAGUCCGUUGACAAGUUAACUGAGUGGCAUUCUUCUCAUGUAAGAAUCUGAACCUUGCAGUGUGAAUGCACCUAAGUCAUCUUGCAAAAUGUUGUUAAACUACUCUGAAUAUACUGUGCAAUAUAAAUGCUGAAUGGUUGGGUUACAUAAAUGACAAAAUGAGAAUUAUUGGAUUUUAUACAGGUUUGUGCUUUUGCCUGAAGACCUAUGUACAGAUAUUUUAAGUACCUAAAUCAGAUUUAACACAUUUAUUUUUUGAAAACUACAUGUAUGUUCUCAAUGAAGAUUCAUGUUGGGUUUCCUCUGUGUUCAUUUCAAAAAAAAAAAAAAAACUUGUUGCUGUGUGGCUUCUGCCUCUCCAUUUUGGUAUGGUUGACCAAAAUGUACAUGUGAUUUCAUGAGGGUUUUACAAUAUCCUGAACAAAUAGGAAACCUUGAAUCUAUUGAGUAGGCACAUGAACACUUGAUUGUGAAUACUAAAAUUUGUUUUUAUACAGCCUCAGUAGUGAAAAUCAUUAAUGUAUUAAAUCAUAUAUUUCAUUAUAGAUUAAUAUUAUAGCAAAAUGUUAUUUAUGCUUCUUAAUUAUUUUCAAGAAUAAGCAGUAUUUGUAGAAAUGGUAAAAAUAAUGAGCAUGUCCUGAAGAAUAAUUUUGCUGUAGGCAGAAAGUAUGCAGAUUUUUUAAUGGUAAUUUUUUUUUCUUUUCUCAAACAUGCCAAGUAUUGGUGUGUCUAUGCUGGAAAUUUUCAUAGAUAUCAUCUUACAAUCAAAGUUAUUUACCUUCUCUGGCAAGCUUUACCAUGCUCAUAUCAAGGAUGUAGCUGAUUCUUUAGCAGACAUUUGUUUUCUUUGUAGCUUUGCAUACAUUCAUAAUACGUCCCUACCACCAAAAUAUCUUAAAUAACACUUGGGUAUCAUUACUUAUUUUUUUCUUAGUUAGAAAUACAAGGGGAGGGGAAAAUGGAAUCAUUCUGUCAACUGAUGUUAGUUCCCAUUUCUAAAGCAAUGUCAUUUUGUAGUCUGUUCCUAACUGGUAUUAUCAUUUUCAAAAACACCAAAGUUAUUUAUAAAUAGUGGCAAUGUGUUUGAAUCAUGGGGUUUGUUAAUUAAAUACUCAAAACUUAUUGUUACCUUUUGCUAGAUUAUUUUAAGUCAUGAACAAGUGGGGAAGAUGUCAAACUAUAAAAUUGCUAGUUUGUGUAGAUAUGUGAUGUUCUCUUAAACACUGAAUUGCUUCCAGCACACAGAAAACUACCUUAAAUUAUGUUUAAAGUGUGUUGCAUAAAUUUUUAUGGCUAAUGUCUCUUCCAUUGUGCAUGUUCAUCAACUACAUUAUUGUUCUGUUCAUCACAGUUAAACUUGGCAUCUCUUGGCAGGGCCCUACUUGAUUAUAAUUAUAUAUCAGGACAAUCACAUAAGUAGUAACAAAUUGGGUAAGCAUAUGCUCUCUGACUAAAUAUUGCUUUCAUAACAAAUACUAAUGUUCAUGCUUUUAGCAUAUUUUAUUUUGAAACACACUAACACUCUUAACAUCAAAUUGUUAUAUUAAAAUUACUAUUUUUCUGUGAAUUUUGCUAAGAAGAACUUAAAGUAUAGUCUGUUAUUUACUUCCAAGGACUGAAUGGUACAACAGAUCAAUUUUGAAACAGCUUUAGUCUGCAUUUAACUUUUUAAUUGUUGCUAUAGUCAUGUAACCAGAUGUACUUUGUUACAUAAACAAAGUCAAAAUAACUCUUGUAAUUAGUGGUGAGUCGCAGGAAAAAAAAUCAGCAUACAUGGCUUUAUCUUAACUUCAUUUGAACAACCAGCAUUACUGCCAAACCCCAAUCGUGGUCCAUAUUUGUGACAAGUUUUUAACAUGACAUUGUUAGCAAGUUUGAUUGAAGAGAUUUUUUAGGUCCUAGGCCUAUAAGAUUUUAGUAUUAUCUCUUUUCAUGUUUCUAAUGCUUGAAGCAUUAUUGCUUACCUGAAAAAAAAAAUACAGUGUUGUUGCCAUUUGUAAGUUUUCCUAUACGUAAUAUUCCUUUUAUGAAUUUUAAAACUAGCCUUAUGAGGUUCAAAUAGGCAGUAUCUCUUUUAAGUGACCUUUGCAACCAAAGUGUUACUUGCUUAUUUGAUACUCACUUGUAUUUUACAUCUCAUUUCAAUACUUGUCAUGUCUUUACCAAAGCUUAAAUUCUGUCUUAAUUUAAAAGUCUUCAGCUAUUCCAUUGAUGCUGUUAAUGGAUAUAAUGAAAUAUUGAAAGGUACAAAGUCCAACCUCAUGAGGCAAAAUGGAUUUUGUGACUUUUUCAUUUGCUCCAAAUUCUAAAUAUGUUAUCACUGUCUAGAACUUGUUUCUCAUAACCAAAUGUUGAUACUGUUAAUAUUUCUUGUAUAUUUCUAUAAAGAGCAGACCACUAAAACUAAAGUAUCAAGUGUGGAAAACCUUCACAAUUUUGAAGAAUUUACCCUUGCUAAUAGGUUCAUUUACCUUAUUUCUGACUCAUAUAAAAGAAAUCUCAAAAUUCCACUGAGACUCAUGGGAUACUGUCUUGUAUAGAUGCCAACUGUGUUUACAAGGUGACCUAGCAGAGCUGUCCUCUUGUUGUGCCAUGCAACUGUUGAAUUAUGCUUUUAGGGAAACUAAUUCAAUGCUCCAUGUGCAUCCAAGCUAAAGGCCAAGUAGCUUUGGUGAACAAUAGAUCUCCCCCCCCCCCCCACACACACUUUAUUAUUUUCUCUUGUCACUUUUGUGGAAAUUAACUAGCCUGAUGAAAACAUUUUGUAAAAAUUUGUAUAGUAAUGUUAUAAAAAUAUUUAUAAUCCCAGAAAGAUGUUGUGUUAAAUCUUGUGCAAAAACAGUAUAUUCAGAAUAAAAGUUUAUCAUUUAAAGCUA